AUGCUUUUGCUUUUCUGGGAAAACUGCUGGGAUUCAAUCAGUUUAUAUUGUUAUGAUCUUUUCCUUGUUCCCACCGUCUCAUCACUCAGAAUGAAAAUCUCUUUCAUCUUCUUCUUCUUCUUUUACGUUUUGUUCUUCAAUGGUGCUUCUGCAACUCCUCGUCUCCCAGACCACUUCACCAAAUCAAGGUCACAGUCAACACUCCAACGACCCUCAGGCCAGGAGUUUUUCGAGCUGAGGCAACCUCUGCCGACCGAUCAUCUGACCCCAGCAUGCACGGUUUCAAUUCUCGACCACGACUUCGCCAAUACCAUUGGUUCGCCCCCGGUGUCCGUACCGUACAAGCCUCCGCGCCAUUGUCAUGCCCCGUGGUCACGUGUAGUCCUGGAGGUGCACGCAGAUUGCAAAGGCGAGCAGUAUGAUCGCAUCGCCGCCGUGUGGCUUGGCGGCGUGGAGAUUCUGCGGACCAGCACGGCGGAGCCGGACGAGGCUGGAAUCUUCUGGAACGUUCAGAAGGACGUCACCAGGUACUCCUCGCUCCUCAAGCUGUCGAACCAGGACCUCACGAUGAUGCUCGAGAACAUCGUUGACGACAUCUUCACCGGCGUGUACCAUGUCCAGGUGUCACUUCUCUAUUACAAGGACAAAGGCGUUACGGCUCCAGCGGAUAAGAAUUUGGGAAGAGAAUUAGGGUUUGGAUUCGGGAGUCCGUGGAUUGCUCCUACACGAGUUGUUGGGGAAGCUCCAUUGAGUCUCUAUGAACCACCGGCCGACUUGAUCGUUCCGAUCUCCAACAACGGGGACCGCGGUUUCUGGUUUCGAAUCAACGGCGAAUCGGAUGUGCGAACCAAGAGAGUUCAAAUUCCGCGCAACACUCGCAGGGCGGUUAUGGAGCUCUACGUGUCGUUUCAUGGAAAUGAUGAGUUCUGGUACUCGAAUCCGCCAAAUUCUUAUAUCAGGAACAACAAUUUAACCACAGAUCGAGGCAAUGGAGCGUUCCGUGAGGUUUACGUGACUGUCGACGGCAAUUUUGUGGGCUCAGAGGUUCCUUACCCGGUGAUAUUCACAGGCGGAAUCAAUCCAUUGUUUUGGGAACCGGUUGUGGCGAUUGGGGCCUUUGAUCUUCCCUCUUACGACUUCGAAUUGACUCCAUUUCUGGGGCUUCUGCUUGAUGGAAACACCCACAAUUUCGGAAUUGGGGUGUCGUACAGUAUCCCAUUUUGGCUGGUGGAUGCUAAUCUGCACCUGUGGUUGGAUCAUCAGUCUGAAGCAGUUCAGGCGAAGCUUGUCAGCCAGAAAAGCCCUGCACUGACUCUCACGAGCAGCCAGAAAUUCAAGAGACUGGAUGGAACAUUCGAGCUAGAGGGAAGUAGAAAGGGUCGCUACGUGGGAUGGGUGAAAUCGAGUGAAGGGAACCUAACCACAAUAGUAUCACGAAAAUUGAAGUUCAGGAACGCUAUCCAAUUCCGAAGAGACGGAAACCACAAGACUGUUGAACAGAAAAUCAAGUCGAAAACACAAGUGAAAGUGUUGACAGAAACCCGGAUUCUGCUCAGUCGCCCAUUCAUCAAAUGGCGUUACCCCCUCAAAAUCAUCACCUCGACCAGACCGGGAUCAGGGCAGGGCACAAACUUGAUCACCACCAAUGUGACGGAGUCGUUGGGGAAAAGAUUCGCCAAUGGCAACAGCUCCAUCUUUGUUUACAAUAGCCAAGUUUGCGGGGGAUACAUGGAGGUGAAGGAUCACUCAGUUGUCUCGGGAGUUUCAGACACUACUCAGAGUUUCAGGGUCAGGGAUGGCUCCCGGUGCUUCUCCCGGGUUGUUGCAUCAACCAAUGGCAAGCUCUUGAGCGAUAGCUCAUCUACUUCUUGCGCAAGUUCUGUGUAG